CAGCUGAAGCACUGCAGGAAUGUGAUAAAAAAGAAUCCUCCAAUCCUUAAUAGGUAUUGAUAAAAUUAGAUUGAAAUGUGUACUUCUCUUCCUAUAAAUCUAUGAAUCAUAGAGAGUACUUCAAAUAUAGUGAUUGAAAGUAAAUAAAUAUAGUCUGGGUUUUAUUAUUGUUUCUAAAGAGUAAACAUCUUAUAUCAUACCAACUUGAUAACACUAAGUUAAUAAAAACACUAGUUAUCAUCUGUUACAGUUACAAUUCAUAUCCAAUACAUUUAUUUAUGGUGUUGAUAUCAUUUAUACACUAUUUAUAGACAAAUCUGUCUUUAAAGCAAUUUAUUUUAUUAGACUCUUUAGCAUGCAUACUUUUUAUGUGUUUAAAUUUUUUAACUUAACACAUAAUUAUCUAAUUAAAAAAAAGUGUGAAAUCUAGACUGUUAGUGUAUGCCAAAUUGACAAGUUAUCAUGCAGUGAUUAAUGCUCUACUAACAAAAAUGUAUUUAAAAACAUUUUUGUGGAUGUGUAUAAAAUACAAAAAUGAAUAGAAAAUACGCUACCGGCGCGGUGGGCGGCCGCGGCGUGGGCAGCAGCGCGAUGCAUCCGUCGCGGCACUCCGUCACCUCGUCCUCGGGCGUGUUGAUGGUCGGGCCCAACUUCCGCGUCGGCAAGAAGAUCGGCUGCGGGAACUUCGGGGAACUCCGGCUGGGGAAAAAUCUGUACAACAAUGAACAUGUAGCGAUUAAGAUGGAGCCUAUGAAAUCCAAGGCUCCACAACUCCAUCUAGAGUACCGAUUUUACAAGUUACUCGGUACACAUGCCCCCUCGACAGCGGAAGGCAUCCCGGAGGUGUACUACUUCGGGCCGUGCGGGAAGUACAACGCGCUGGUGAUGGAACUGCUGGGGCCGUCGCUUGAGGAUCUCUUCGAUCUGUGCGGCCGGCGGUUCUCUUUAAAGACUGUGUUAAUGAUCGCUAUGCAGCUGUUACAUCGUAUCGAGUAUGUCCACACGAGACAUCUAAUAUACCGAGACGUGAAGCCGGAGAAUUUUUUAAUAGGUAGAACAGCAACUAAAAGGGAAAAAAUCAUCCACAUCAUUGAUUUUGGUUUGGCCAAAGAGUAUAUAGAUUUAGAGACAAACAAACAUAUCCCAUAUCGGGAGCAUAAGUCACUCACCGGGACCGCAAGAUACAUGUCAAUAAAUACACAUUUAGGAAAAGAACAAUCAAGACGCGACGACCUAGAGGCUCUCGGGCAUAUGUUUAUGUAUUUUUUACGUGGUUCCUUACCCUGGCAAGGUUUAAAAGCUGAUACACUCAAAGAAAGAUACCAAAAAAUUGGUGACACCAAGCGUGCGACGCCUAUUGAGGUGUUAUGCGAGGGGCACCCCGAGGAGCUGGCGACGUACCUGCGCUACGUGCGCCGGUUGGACUUCUUCGAGACGCCCGACUACGACCAGCUGCGGCGUAUGUUCCGCGACCUGUUCGAGCGCCGCGGCUACCAGGACGACGGCGAGUUCGACUGGACUGGCAAGACCAUGUCGACGCCCGUGGGAUCCAUCCAGACCGGGCACGAGAUCGUGGUGUCGCCGAACCGGGUACACCAGCCCUUCCACAAGGGCACGGCGAAGGACGCGGGCACGGGCGGCGCCACGAACUCGGGCGGCAACUGGCCGCACAGCGGCAAGGCCACGCCGCUCACCGCCGGACACCUCACGCCCGCCGACCGCCACGGCUCCGUGCAGCUGUUGAAGAAUAAGCAUUUUCGGUAUGUGAAAUUCCCGGGAUCAGUGUCCACGGUGGUGUCGUCGACGAACGGCGAGCUGGGCGCGGACGACCCGACGGCGGGGCACUCCAACACGCCCAUCACGGCGCCGCAGCACGACCCCGACGUCAACGACGACACCAAGUCAGUGUUCCAACUGCAAUCCGUCUAUUCCAGAUGCUGCUGCUUCUUCAAACGCAAAAAGAAGAAGUGCGCCGCGCGCGCGGGCAAGUGACGCGCACACACUUGCACGCUCCCACACACACACGCUCCCACACACGCACGCGGCUCCCGGCGCUCGUCUGCCGACCCUGCUCCGGCCGAGGCGAGGCGAGCCCGGUCGUUGAGGGCGCACGGCAUGUGAUUCUUCUGUCUUUGAAACUGUAUAUUAGGUGACGAAACACGUAGCCGAUCGAGGUAACUCGGCAUGACAUUUGAGUUGAAAAAGUCUGGGGAGGGUCAUUAUUAACGUCAAAUCUGUAUGAAAGUAUGACGUUUAUAAUAACGCACCCUUUUUUCUAUAAAAAUUGAUGCAAAGUUAACUUAACCUGACUAGUGUGGCUGAGGCUAAUGAAGAACAAUAUAACAUUUUGAGGCAAUUAUUUUAGUAGAUUUUAGGUAACUUUAUGUCACAGAAAAACUGCGAGAAUCGAUGUAUGUGCGUUACUAUAAAUCUAAUAUAAAAAUAAGUUAUCGUGUUAUACUAUUCUUCAUUAAUUAAAAGCAAAUGCCACACGAUUUUACGAGUCAAAGAUUUGAGCAUUCGAAAUUCACCUGAUGGAGUUCUAUUCUCAAAAUGCCCCCUUAAUCAUUUAAUAAAGUAAGGCAAUUUGUGAACACCAUCCUAAGAGUAUAUAUGCACAAUCAUUGACCACCUAAUAAUUGUAAAAAAAAAUCAAAGAUAGAAAAAUCAUAAAUGUGAAGCCUUAAUGAUUGGCUUAAAGACUAGUAUCGACUACUAUCGACCCCUCUGCACUACAGCAAGAGUUUUCCACUUUUAUUCUUUUGUGCAAAUUCUUGAAAAAAAAAACAUGAAGUUCUAUUUAUUGCCUUUAAAAAUAUUCGAAUCUAUGUUAUAUAAAAGCUAUUUAUUUGACCAUAUAAUUUUAUAUUAAUCGAUUUUCAGCUAAUAAAUAAAACAUCUGGAUUUUAUUUGAAAAUGAUUAUUUUUUAAAUAAAUUUAUUUUGAUCCGAAUUUGUGCUUAAAAUAAAUUGGUAAAACUUUAUGCUGUAAAAGUUGAGGGACGAACUUUUCGAUUCCUACGUUCUACAAAUUAGGCUACCAUGGCAUAUUGUGAUAACCAUAGUCGAAACUAUCUUAUUUAUCAAUAUGAGAAACAUAUUUCACCAUCUAAUCAUGGGAUAUCUGAUAUCAGGGUAUGUAUCCAAAUGCACAAACGCUCACGAGAAGAUCUGUUUCGUAGCUAUCUAUCUAUCGCUUUUGCUUGUUGGCGCGACAGAGCCAGACUGCAUUUUUACCGGCGUCCAACGAUUGCCUUUAGGCUACGCUGGCUGACUACUAUUAAGGUACAUACAAAAAAAUGGCAUUACAAACUAUUUCUAAUAUCUGUAAAAUAUGUUUGUAAGCUUAUUAUGUGCACGCAUAUUGAGAAAUGUGAUAAGUGAUGUAUUUUCUCUUCUAAAAUAAGAUAAUUUCAUCGAUAGUUUUAUCAAACCGGUAGUCCAUUUUGUAAAACGUGCAAUGGCUUAAUAGCAGAACAUUUUGAUUAACUCUAUACGUUUAAGGAUACUUCGACGUAUGGAGUGCAAAUAUUGGAAUAGUAUUCCAAUGUAGUGAAAUUUACAUCUAAUUCAUUGUGUUAACAUUAUUUGCAUGUCUGUAUUUAUAAAAUUUAACUGGCCAACAUUUCGCGCGGCGGCAAAAAAGGGUGACGUACUUCUACACAUACAACAACUCUGACUGACUGUUGAGUCUUAUGGAUUUGUAACAAGUAGGUUGUACCUACCUUAACCCUUAGACGCGCGAAGUAUGUAAUGUUGACGCUGAAACAUUUCAGAUUUCGACCAAGUUCUCUUGAAAUAUAAGACGUUUGUUAGUAUAAAGCGAAUUUGGUUGUCAAUUCUGUUUUUUAGUAAGAGAAUGGACACUUCACACAUCUAAAGGUUAAAUGUAUGGAGGAUAGUAUUUACCUGAACGCCGCCGACGCGCGAUUUCUUGGCGUCGCCGUAUUUAUUUUGUCGGGACCACUAUCCCUUUCAGAACCAUUGAGAUACUAUUUCAAGCGUCGGGAAUAAGUCAUAACUGUGCUCAUCGCCACAACCUAGCUUCUACCUUUACGAUUAAAAUCACAUGUAAAAUACUUAUAUAAAGAAUUUUAUGUAAAUUUAAUAAGGUUAUCGUCGCUCAGAAACACGCGGUUCAUUUAAAAGCGACUUAAUCUCUGUUGUCAUUGCUAUUGAAAUCUUUAUUAUACUAUAGUGUUCGUGGAGAAAAGUGGAAUCAUUGUUAUUCGAAUCGAUACUCAGAAAGCGAUCGUAGUUCUCGCCAUCAUUAGUAUAAGUCGACGGGCCGUGGCGGCGGGUGCGUCGCUGUAGUCGCCGGUUCAGUUUUGUGUUCCCGUCCGUAGCGAAUUAUGUUUCAUAUUUUUUCAAUUCUUAUCCUUUCUGGCGGCUGACUUAUCGUCGAAAAAGCGAGUAGCUUUAAUAUUAUUUUUCCCAAAAACAAUCUUGUGUGAAUACAAGACAUAUUUAUUAAUUACUCAUCGUUUACAUAGUUGGCAGAAAUUAAGCCGAGGCCGUAAUAAGACGUUCCAAGUAUCGAGAAUAAUAAACAAAUUUAACAAAAUCGUUUGGAGCGAAAUGAUGGCUGAAGAGUUUUAGAUUAAAGCGCUUCUCGCCGUUCGUCGACGGGCAGCCGCCCCUCUGAGACGUGAGAUUUACUAUAAGUACCUCAUUUAUAUAACUUAGGUCCGCGUUGGUCCAUUCCAGCCUCCAUCGUCAUAGAUGUAACAGACUAGUGUCGGUUGACGCAAUCGACAUCCCGUUUUCAUUACUUACGCUGUGUAUUGGAUUUUGUUACUUAGUAAAGCAUUACCAUAACAUAUGAGUUACGUUCUGUCGGCCGGCGCGCGCGGGGAGCCGCUCCGGUAUUCCAUGCAGGUUGUGACUCGGGGCUCGGCCGCUCGCCGCGAGCGCCGGAGCGUUCUAGGUUAGAAUUUAUUUAGUCAUUUUGUAAACUAAGUUCACGUGCGAAACAAGUAUGGUUAUCAUAUUAUUUAAAUCGGCUCCGUUCCUAUAGAGGCCACAUACUUUCCUAUCAUUAUUUAUGCUCGUAUUCUUUAAUUAUAGUUUUAAUAUAUGACGUAAUUUCACGCAAUAAGUAAGAAAGUGUCAAAAGCUCUUCAGUAUGGGAGUGAUCGUUUUCGACGGCAUCGCUAUUAACGUGCAAUAAUUUAUGUAAAAGUUCACGACGGCGUGUAAAGGUUGUUCGCCGGCGCGCUCGAGCCGGGCCGAGCGACCGAUCCACAAGACUGACUAACAUUUCACCUUCGUGUACAAACGCGGCUGAGAGCGAGUCAAUUCACGUUUGCGAGCUUUCUUUUCAUAUAGUUCUUAUGACCGUAUAUCAGUUUGAUUAGAGUAGUCGACACUCCUCGGGGCGCGGUCGUUCCACACACACGCUUGCAUGGAGGCGACUCACUCAGUGGCGGCGGAGUCAGCAUGCGAGAGACUGAGUAAUUGAGUAUGAGUAGUCUGGUACGGAGUAGGCGCCGGCAGCCGCGGCCGCGGGACGCGACAUCGACACCAUUGGUCUAGAUUUGGUCAUUCAUUUUUAUGUUAUUGUUAAAGUUUCAAAAGUGCGUUAAAUUUCGUUGGUCGUUAUGAUUUGGAGUCUUCCCUGUGCGUAUGAAAAUAUUACAGUAUGGCUAAAUUCUACUAAAUGGUGAGGUGUGGUCGCCGCGGCCGCCGCGUCGUCGGUGUAAUUGUACAGCUUAGGAGGAAAUACAAUUGUAUAUUUUUGCUUGGUCAGGGCGCGGCAAGUAUUAUCGAAAACGCGUGAGCGUAGGAGUAAGGUUUUGUGGACGACGAUUUGGCAAACUCGAAAACCUGGGGCUGCCCUGUUGUCGUCUAUAACGAGUAAUGGAUUAGUCACAGAUGUAGUCAUCACAAAUGUGUAUUCCCGCAUUAGAAGUUAUUCAUUUUUGGCUAAGUAUAUUUGAAGUGAUUUAACAUUAAAACAUCUUGUUGUGUCGAUUUCAUAUUUUUAGAAAAAUACUAUUAUUAUCGAAAAUUUGUAAAUGUAAAAGGGAAGUUCUUUUUAUUUCUUCAAUCAUGUUUUUUGAAUUAUUGUGAACAAAAUGAAGUAUUUUCCUCGUUAAAUGUUCGUUAACUCGUAUUGUACAAGGCAAUAUUAUAAUGGAGUGUAAUUAAACCAUGUAUGUCUAAACAUGAUCGUAAAUACCAUAGUUGUACCUAAUUGUUACUUUCUAUUUGCUAGAUAGUAUAAUCAAAUUAGAUUGGGUAUUAAAAUGUAAAGUGUUUUGUAACCCGCGAACAAAUGAAUCUGCGCGUCUACGCAACACAUUUAUUCGAGUUCGUAACGCAAAUGCUGUCGGUGGCGAUAUACGUUAGGAUAAUUUACUGGUACUUGCUGCUCAUGAUAUUUUAUACAAUAUGCGUGUUGUGUUCGAGUCAUUUACACUUUGCUUUUCCCAAGCUACAGUCAUUAUUAAAACGGCGGUAUUCAGGUGUGAAAUAUAAGGUGCUCAGAGAUCCGGCGUUCAAGACGGAAGGUCGAGUGUAAAUAACGCGAGCACACACACCUAGCCACCGUCGGAUAGCGUUAAAACUUUACAAAAUAACCACAAUGUUAUAAAGCACCUUUUAUUUCCUUGAUCGCAUAGUUACACUAUGUAAAUCCGAACAAUAUGUGAAAGUUGCACCAAAAAUGUAUUUGUACGUGGCCGAGGCCCGCCCGGUAGGCUGGAGUAGUUAAUUUAAAUUAUACUUUAAAGUUCGCUUACCUAAAGUAAGUCUGUUCGAUCGGUCUGCGAACGCACGAUGAAGAUUUUUAAGCUAUAGUUAUAACUUUAUGUAUUAUAAUACAUGAUGCUUUUGAAACUGAAUUGAAUUCUUAUUGUAAGUAUAAAAUAAAUAUUAAUAUUCAUAGAAACAGUUCUCAGUGUUUAUUUUUCUGUAAGAUGUAUGGUAAAAAUUUGCAUACGCAAUUUGACUUGUAUUCAGUUAAGGUCACAACCUGUUCAAAAAUACGAAAAUAUUUGUUAACUCAUAAUUAAAUAAAGCUUAUUAUAAGA